AUGGUCUGUCAUGAUUAUGGUAAAACCUACUUUAAUGGGGUGAGGACGAUUUUGCUACGAACUAAGGUUAGGGGUGAUUCUGCACAAAUAGGAAAAAGAAACAACUCAGUCUGCCUCCGCCGAAGCCGUGCCGUGGCCGCGCCACCGCCGCCAUACCAAGGAAUUAUGGUUGGACAAGAAGAAAAGAAAUCCUCUUCAAAUAGCUCUCUCUCUCCAAAUGCUUCAGAACUUACCCACUCUUCAGAUCUUUCAUCAGUUCUGUUGAAAACGGAAGGAAGCUCAUCAAAUGUUGCUCCUGAAACCAAAUCUGUCACCCGUCCCACCUCUUCACAAAAGGCAUCUAAAAGGCUUUCGGAUUCAAUAACAAAUUUUACCGUUCAGUGUGCCAACUGCUUAAAAUGGAGGUUCAUCCCCACAAAGGAGAAGUAUGAGCAGAUACGAGAAACAAUAGUGGAACAACCUUUUGUUUGUGAAAUGGCUCAUGAAUGGCGUCCUGAAGUGACAUGUGACGUCGAACCAGAUCUUGUGAAAGAUGAUGGCAGUUGGCGUUGGGCAAUAGAUAAGCCCAGUAUUCCUAAACCACCUCCGGGCUGGCAACGAAUUUUACGACUCAGAGCUGAAGGAGGCACAAAAUUUGCCGACGUGUAUUACGUUCCUCCAUCAUCGGGCAAGUGGCUACGAACAACAAGGGAAGUUGAGAGGUACCUAAAUGAGCAUCCAGAAUACAUAGGCGUGAAGCUGCGAUGCCAGUUGCUGCCAUUCCCAUAUCUUGGAUUGCUCCAGACCAGAUUGGAGAUUUGCACUUUGGUGGGGAAGGGAGCUCUCAUGUUGAGUCACCUGCAGAAAGUUGAGGAUGGCAUAGCCAUAAUUCCUACUGCAGGCAGCGGACGUUGGUUAAAUACGUCACAACACUUCAUAGCAUAA